GGGAGCGAGAGAGAGAGGGAGAAGAGUGCGGCUGAAUGUGAACGACAUGUCGACAGUCAGCCUCUAAAGUGUUUUCUCGGUCGUUCUCUAAUUCUUUGGCGGCGGACUGAGUGAGUAUUACCCGCAUCCCUGCUCUGCUAAGCGUCGCUGUGUGGAUCAGAGAGGCUGGUGAGGAGAGACAGACAAUGAGGAAUGCAAUUGGAUUGCGUUGCUCUGCCAAGGAUUUUCAUACAUAGCCUGUGCGGUGAAGGCCUGAUGCCGGGCUGUAGCCGCAGGCUGUUGAGCUGAGAGGGAGAAGCAGGAGGAUGCAGUGGGUCACUCUGGCGGUGGCCCUGGGGUGUGCGCGUCUCUCCCAGGCGUCGCACACCCCCACCCCUACCCCCACCUCCACACACACCCCUCUCGUGGACAACUCCGAGGAAGAAGUGGACGAGCCGUGCUUCGAGCCGUGCACGUGCGAGGUCAAAGAAGGUGUGCUACACGUGCACUGCGAUGGGCGGGGCUUCACAAAUGCCAGCCAGGUGUCACAGUCAUGGGUCCGCCCUUUCAAACUCAACCUCCAGAGGAACUCUCUAAGGCGUCUCUAUAGCAACGGGUUUCAGCACCUUGGCAACGCAGUGUCGAUAAACCUUGGCAACAAUGCUCUCCAGGACAUCCGAGUGGGAGCCUUCCACGGGCUCGCCAAACUGAGACGUCUGUACCUCCACGAGAACAAGCUGGAGGUUUUCAGAAAUGACACCUUCGCCGGCUUAGAGGCUCUGGAAUACCUCCAGGCCGACUACAACGUGAUCAAACGAAUUGAUAGCGGUGCUCUGAGGUUCCUCUACAAGCUUCGUGUUCUCAUCCUGAAUGACAACCUCAUCCCUAACUUGCCUCCUCAUCUGUUUAGAUCCGUGUCUCUGACUCAUCUGGACCUGCGGGGAAACCGUCUGAAGAGCCUGGCAUAUGCUGGGACCCUGGAGUACGUUGGCCGCUCCCUGAUGGAGAUACAGCUGGAGGAGAAUCCCUGGAACUGCGGCUGCGAGGCAGUGCAGUUACAGCAGUGGCUGGGUCAGAUUCCCUACACGGCGGUAGUCGGGGAUGUUACAUGCGAGUAUCCCUUCCACCUUCACGGUAAAGACCUGAGGGAAAUCCCCCGCAAAGAACUGUGUGCCGACCUGCCAGAUAAAGAGCUGCAAGCAGUGGGGAGUGGUCCAUCAGCAGGAUCACAACCCCAGCAUUUGCCCCCUAACUCUAAACACCAACCUGGGCGAGUCAGACCAACUAAGCCCUCCUCUAUGGUGCACGGCUCCCGCCAGAACACACAUACUUCCUCCACUUCGUCAUCCUCUUCCUCUGCAGAGCGUAAAGACAGGGAGAGGCACCCAAGGCCGACUAAAAGGCCUCGACCCUCCAGAACAUCCCCCACGCCACGCAGUCUGAUGCCCAACCAGAAUCCCCCGGUGGCUGGUUACCAAACACGGCCCCCUAUUCCCAUCAUCUGUCCCCUGGGCUGCACUUGCAACCUGCACAUAACUGACCUGGGUCUCACCGUCAACUGCAAAGAGAAUGGCUUCCUCAAUGUGUCCCAGCUCACACCUCGGCCUCUCAACGGCCGCAAGCUCUACCUGAGUGGAAAUUUAAUACAGAGGAUCUACCGCACAGACUUCUGGAACUUCUCCAGCCUCGACAUGCUUCACCUGGGGAACAACCGCAUCUCGUACCUUCAGGAGGGCGCUUUUUCCAGCCUGACGAGCCUGAGGAGCCUCUACCUGAACGGAAACAAUCUGGAGAGGCUGAGCCCCCACAUGUUUCUAGGAUUGCAGAAUCUAAGGUACCUUUAUUUUGAGUACAAUGAGAUCCGUGAAGUCGAUCCCGGCACUUUCGACUCCAUGCCAUCCCUCCAGUUAUUGUUCCUUAAUGCCAACCUGCUGCGGAGUCUCCCUCUUGGUGUAUUCUCCAGAGUCAAUCUAGCCCGCCUAAACCUUCGAAACAAUCACCUGCUACAGCUUCCGAUGGAGGGCGUGCUUGAACACCUCACCGGACUGGUACAGGUGGACCUGCAGCAGAACCCAUGGGAGUGCAACUGUGAAGCUGCUCCACUGAAGCGUUGGCUGGAGGGGCUCAGCGCUGUGGUUGUGAUGGGAGAGGUAGUGUGCCAUUCCCCGGAUAAGACCAAAGGUGUAGACCUGCGAUCCCUCUCCAUGGAGCUGCUAUGCCCUGAGCUGGAGCCUCAAGAGGACCAGGACCAGGAGGAGCAGACGGCCACCUCCACGGCUGCAGACAGAGGCGUGUCGGUUGACUACCCCGGCUCAGGCGUCGGUCCCCUUCCGGAGAAGAAUUCAAUCCCUCUGUCGGUCUUAGUGCUCAGCCUGCUUGUGUUGUUUGUCUCUGCUUUCUUUGCGGCUGCGGCACUAAUCGCCUACGCCCUGAGGAGGAGAGACAAGCUGCCGUUCCGCCGCCAGGGAGAGGUGGAUUUGGCCGGCAUCCAGAUGGAGUGCGGGAUCUUCACCGAGCAGACGCACCACCAUCAUCAUCACCACGGCCUCCCGGAGACGCCGCCUCUACCUCCGCCUGAGCACAACCACGUCUACGACACCAUUCUGCCCCCAGAGGCCGCCGCCAAAGGCCCUAACCCUGCGGCGGCAUCGCACAUGUGUAGCAACCCCAUCUACAAAGAUGAGCAGGACGCAGCGGUGAAACAGCGGCCGCAGCAGCAACAGACGUUUGCAGCUUCGAAAGAGUGCGAGGAGGGUUACUGCUCUGCAGCAGAGAAGGAGAGGGAGUGGGCUCUGGAGGUGUCCUCGUCACCCAUCAACACUGUUACAGGAGCCAUGGGACCACUCGCUGGCCUCCACGGGAACGGCAUCCUGUGCCCCACAGUAAUCGACAGCCAGGGCCCCACUCCUAAAGUGGAGCUGGUGGACUGUCUCUUCAGACUCCCAACUCCUGAGUUCAGAGAUUUGCCAGAUAGGUAUGUGAGGCCCCCGCCCCGCUACCCUCACCCCCAAGACUCCAAACAGGACACGAGACCCGACCAAACGCUCGUGGUCACCACCACCACGAGCUCCACUCCAGGUGGUAGCAGUCAGAGCGAACAGGGAGCUGGAGAGCAGAGAGCCAGACUGAGGACCACACCAGACUACAUGGAGGUGUUAGACCGCUCUUACCAGUUUUAACGGGCCUCCUCUUUCUCCCCCUCCUCAUCCUCCUCUUCCUGCUACCCAUCUUCUCUUGUCUCUUCAUCAUCUCUCUCUCUGGUGGUGAAUCAUUCAGUAACAAUGACUUCUGUACAGAGGUUGGCUUUGAGAGGAGCCUGUGGGGGAGCGGGACUACACUACACGCUAUGUUUAUUCCUGGAUAACGAGCUGAGGUCACUUUUUGUAUUUUCCCCACUACUGGCAUAUAGGUUGGUUUUUUGGCAAGGAGUAGCUGAUCACAGAUCUCUGCCUGGAGGCAAAACUUCAGCUGCAGCUACUACAGUAUCCUUUUCUUUUUCUUUUUAAAGUACUGAGGCUCGGCUUUUCUACUCGGCGCCACAAUUAGCGGGAGACGGCAUGGUGGUGGUGGUAGUGGGCGUUGAUGCUCAUAAUAUUGCUCUCAAAAGACCUGCGUGGAGGUGAAACACACCAGCUCUUCAAAGCAUCAUCAAACACAGAGUCGUGAACUGUGACAGCCUCGAAGUUUAGAGCGAGCUGGGUGGACACGUUAGGAUGGAGACCAGACAGAGAAAAGCAAGAAGAAGAGAAGUAACUGAAAACAGCCAAGUGCCUUAGCAAUGAACAGCCAGCAGUGUGGUCAAUGCUUAUUUUUCUAUGAAUACAGAUCUAUUUAUCUAAACAAAGAGGUUUGACUACCAAUGGAUGGGACGCUGAUGGACGACUGAGACUAAUCAAAAACCCGCCGAGUAAUUGCAUUCCCCUGGAUGAGCCAAAAAUAAUAAUAUACCCAGUCAAUAUUGGAGUUGUUUGUAUGCAGUUCUGUUCAUUUUCAUCAUCUCAUCCAGUUAACUUAAUUUGCUUAACCGGUUGAUUUUUUUUUACAGGGCUACGAUGAUGGACAUAUCCAGGAAUAGUCGUUUGCUGUGUGAAAUUAUAAAAAGGUUCUGGUUUUAUGGAGAAAAAAAAAAAAGAUACAGAUUUUUUUUUCUUUGGUUUGUUUGACUGAAAGACAAAAACAAAGGAAAUUACAGAAGGACAUUAAGGCAAUGGAUGCAUCUUGGAUUUCUUAAUCAGCCAGACUUAAUGGGGCCAGGAGGACCUCUGCUGCACAUUUUCAUUUUCAUCGGACACAGGCACAGAGGUUAUUGUAUUGAUUUUUAAGUAUUUCUCAGAGGAAAAUUGAAUGGCAAAAAAAGAUCAAUGGACAAAAAAAAAAAAAAACAGGAUGUAAAAAAGGCAUUUUUUGUCUAAAAAAAACAAAAGAGACAGACACUUCUAUCAACUAUCGAUUAUUAUCUUUUACAGAGGUACCUUUUUAUGCUUUCAUCUCUUACCAAUAGUAGAGGCAGUUGUGAAUAUAUUUAUUCUUAGUUUUCGCGUGUUGAAGCUCUCCUGUAAGGGAUCAUGUUAUAUUAAUGUAUAGGAUGGUUCUGCAUCUGGUUCAGCCUUCUUACCGCCGACCCACGAAAUACAAUAAAGGGUGCUACAUAAAAAAA